UAGACCCAUUCGUCUGCAAGUACAGUACCGCAUGCACCCUUGUUUAUCCGAGUUCCCCUCGAACAUGUUUUAUGAAGGCACGCUACAGAAUGGUGUCACUGCUCCAGAACGUCUUCGCAAAAUGUUGAUUUCCCUUGGCCCGCCCCGGACACUCCGAUGUUCUUUUACCAGAACCUUGGUCAGGAGGAAAUAUCCUCCAGCGGAACUUCGUUCCUCAAUAGGACGGAAGCAUCCAACGUUGAGAAGAUUGUGACCAAGUUCUUCAAAUCGGGUGUCGUACCUAACCAAAUCGGCGUUGUCACACCCUACGAGGGCCAACGUUCCUACAUUGUCAACUAUAUGCAGUUCAACGGGUCUCUCAAGAAAGAACUAUAUAAGGAUAUUGAGGUGGCCAGUGUCGACGCCUUCCAAGGACGAGAGAAGGAUUAUAUCAUUUUGAGCUGCGUUAGAAGCAAUGAACACCAGGGUAUCGGUUUCUUAAAUGACCCUCGUCGCUUGAACGUAGCUUUGACUCGUGCAAAGUAUGGAGUCGUCAUCCUCGGAAACCCAAAGGUUCUCAGCAAGCACCCACUGUGGCACUACCUUCUUACGCACUACAAGGAACGUAACACCCUUGUCGAGGGCCCGCUGAACAACUUACAGGCGAGCAUGAUACAAUUCAGUAAACCUCGCCGCUCCCUCGUCAAGUCCAUGGACCAGUUUCGUCGCCACGAGACAAAUGCACGGGACUACAUCCCCAGCACUGGAGGUGCAGGCAGAUCUGGAACACCAAGUCGCUUCGAUACUAGUUUCUACCGCACUCAUGAUGCUCUCGGAUACAUCCCGUCUGACGUGCAGUCUCUACGCUCCCAAGCCACUUAUUCCUCCGGACUCCCCAUGUUUGCAGCGGCUGGUGGAUUUGGUCCUGGUAUACCCCGUGGCUCCGGGGGUGUUGGGAAGCGCAGUGCGUACGGUAGCUACGCCAGCUCCAUCAUCUCUCAGGAUGCUGGACCGCCAAGCACCGCAAGCAUUGGCGGUUCUGCCAUGGCGUUCUCGCAAUCAGACCGUUUACAGAGGCGUGGCUCCUUCUCCUCUGCUGCUGGUGCUUCUGACAUGGCCAGCAUGAGUGGGUAUGAUUACAAGAGCCAGGACGGUACGACAGACCUCGACGACGUGAAGAGCCAGUAUGCGGGGACGCAAUCGGGCGUGACUGUGUUCUAGAUGGCACGGGUUAUUCUACUGCCGCGGAUCCUAUGCGCGCACUAUGACUGCGCGAGCUGGUUUGUGUGGGACUGGUUCGUGGCUGGUGACGCCACGGCCAGCUAGGCCAGCUCCCUUGCACUUCUUGUCGCAUCUUGGCAGCCUGUCGGUGUCUUCAGGUUAUCCCUUUUCUUCAGAGCGAGCCGGCGGUUGUCAUGCGACAGUCUCGUCGCAUGCACGAAUGUUACGGUAGCAUCCGUAUGCCUGCACAGUGGUCUGCGUGCUGCUCUCCGCGUAUG